AUGUGUUGGCCGAGGACGAAUGAAUGGUUAAAAAUGCAAACUCUUGAAUUACACGGUAAAGAGAGUGGUCAGAUAUGGCAUCGCAAGAUAGCCUCAAAACACGGACUUCUUGUAUCGAUUAUUCAUUCUGUAUUCAAUGUUGUUGAUUUACCGUUAAAAACGGUUCAUUUUUUACAAGCAACAUUCGAUCGUAAUGGCAAUCGUCUACUUGCUGUGGAUCAGCGAGGAAAUGUGUACACGUUCGAUCUUAUUCGAAAUAAAUAUGAAUUAGUUCAUCGAACAGGAACAAGUUGUACAGCUUUGGCAUUUAACCUGCGAAAUGAAGCCGAAUUUCUUAUUGCGAUGCCGGAUUUUACAGUCAAGUGUUUUGAUGCGAGUAAAAAGGAAUUUGUUGCAUGGAUGAAAGGUCAUUCUUCACCAGUUAAAGAAAUAUCUGUCGAUAUGAAUGGUGAUUAUUGUAUAACAACUUCGGCUGAAAUCGCAUUUUUAUGGGAAUUAAAAACAUUCGAAAGGAAACGAAAAUUAACUAUUACAAAUAAAGCCGAUGUUUGUUUAUUUCGAGCAUUUUUUUGUCCUGUUACGAAUUACAUUUUGACUUGUUUUCGUGAUGAUUCGAUACUUGUAUGGGAAGCAAAAAAUUUAGAAUUUAAAUAUCAGUUAUUAGUUCCGGAUAAAACACCACCAUAUUAUCGUUGUUUUGCUGUAACAAAUGAUGGUCGAACGCUAGUAGCUGGUGGAAAAUCAAGUUAUUUACAAAUAUGGAAUUUAGAAACUCAUAAACUCAUUAAAAUAAUUGAAUUGCCAAAAACAACAAAAGAAAUAAAAGAAAUGGAAUUCAUCUGUGAAAAUUUUGAUUCUGGUUCACACAAAAUAAUUGCAAUGUUAUGUCAAGAUGGGAUUUUACGUUUUGCUGAUAUUGAAACGUGUUGUGAUUUAUUCCAGUUGGGCAAUGAAAAUGAAACUAUUUCACAUUUUCGUAUUGGUUCAAAUGGCAAAUUUUGUACAUGUAUUAUGGUAUCGGGACAAUUGAACAUCUAUGAUCUACCAUCUACAUGGAAAGAAUUAAAUAAAGUUAGUAUCGAAUUGAAAAUGACGAGAUUACAGAUGUUUCCUCCAUCUCCGAUGGUUAGUGUUUUACGUUCAAAAGAGAAUUAUGAAACGAAUAAUGAUAAUAGUCAAAUGACAUGUUCAAAAGCUUCAUCAACAAUAUGUUCACGAAAUACUCGUUCAUCUCAAAAAACAGUUAGUACAAAUAAGAAAGUAUCCAAUCGUCGACGUAGUCAUUCAGCAUCAACCAGAGAUCAUCGUUCAACACGUUUAUCAGAUAAAACAAGUCUAUCCUCAUAUAGUUUGGAUAAUUCAGCUUUUCGUGAAUUACCGGAAGGUCUAAAUUUUAAGAAAUUGUAUCAAAUAUUACGUUAUUAUGGAGAAUAUCCAUCGAAAUAUAGAGCUUUCAUCUGGCGUUGUUUGAUGCGAUUACCAGAAAAUCAUGGUGCAUUUGCCGCAUUAGUUGAUAAAGGUGGUCACCUUGUAUUUGCUAAAUUACAAGAACAAUAUCCAUUGAAAAGUCGAAAACUUCUAAGAAUAAUGCAACGUGUACUGUCUGCUUUGGCUCAUUGGUCCUCGAUAUUUGGUGAAACCGAUUAUUUACCAUUAUUGGCAUUUCCGUUUGUUAAAUUAUUUGAAAACAAUCAAUUAAUUUGUUUUGAAGUGAUAGCAACCGUACUAUUCAAUUGGUGUCAACAAUGGUUUAUGUAUUUUCCCAAUCCACCUGUAAAUAUUCUUGGUAUUAUUGAAAACUUAUUGACAAAUCAUGAUCAUGCAUUAUUAGCACAUUUUACACGUCAUAAAGUGACAUCAGAGGUAUAUGCUUGGCCUCUGUUAGAAACAUUGUUUAGCGAAGUAUUUACUCGUGAUGAAUGGCUAUGUUUAUUUGAUCAUAUCUUCACACUAUUACGUGUUAUUGAUCUAGAUGAUUUUAAAUACUUUUUUCAUCACCGAAACCCAAUUAGUUUACAAUCAAUAUUAACUGAAUCUUAUCGUUUAUCUGAGAUAACUCCAAUUGAUUUAGAUCCAAAAAGAAUGAUUGAAUCUUUCCAACCAUUAACAAAAGGACAAUAUCCUGUAUUCAAUAAAUAUCCAAAAUUUAUUGUCGAUUAUCAAAUACAAGAAAAAGAAAAGCUACGACAAGAAGAAAUGGGUUAUAUACGACAAAGAGAACUAAAUGUUGAAUUAUAUCGUGAACGAGAACAACGUCGCAACGAAGAAGAAGCUUGGCUAAGACAACAACAAUUAUUAAUUGAGGCAGAAGAAAAAAGACGAAAAUUAUUAUUAGAAGAAGAUAUGCGCGUUAAGGAACAAAAAACAAAAUUGCAAACGUUAAAUCAAGAAAUAAAAGUAAGAGAAUUACAAUUAUUAGAUGUUGCUAGACGAAAAAUGUUACAUCAACAACAUUUAAUGAAAGAAGCAGAAUUACGACGAUUAGAUGAUGAAAUACGAAAAAAACAAAUGUUACGAUUAAAAUCGGAUAAUACAUACAAAACAUCUAAACCAUCUUUCGAUGAAAAUAUUUUGAAUUUAGAUGAUUUAUUAGAUGAACAAAGUUUAAGAGGAACUAAACGUCUUAUUGCUGAUGCAAGGAAUACACAUCACUUUCCAAAUGAAAUUUCUAUGGAUAAUGAAAAUGUUGCUUUACGAUAUGAAAUGUGUGUGAAUGGUGAAGAGUGCAAAGAUAAUAUGACCGAGGUUUGGAAAGAAUUACGUGAGGCAAAAGCCAAAGAAUUGGAAGUUAAAAAGCAUUUAAAUGACAUGUAUAAGCAAAAAAAUGAGUUGAAUACUACAGACACAAAUAAGCUCGUUGAAAUAAUGACAACAAUGAAUGUUCAACGGGAGAAAACUGAAGUACUCGAUCGACCCAAUGAUACGACAACAAAUGCCAUACGUUCACCUGUUAAAAAAAAGAAUGAUCAUAUUGAAAAACAUGUUGACGAUUUGACGACAGAAUCUUAUCAUACAUCAGAGGUUAUACGAUCAAUGAAUAAACCAACAAAUGUUCGAUGUAUAAAUACACCAAAUGUAUCGGUGGCUGAUACAUCAAUAUCUUCUGGAUUGAAUUUGGAUCGUGGACGACACGAAUUAGAAAAUGAUAUUCGUAAACUAUUAACUGAUAUACGUGAUCGUCGAACAAGAUUAGUACAUGAAAAUUCUCAGCCAUCAAUGUUUCAUAAUUCAUCAACAAAUGGAAUUUCACCUAUUCAAACUUAA